AUGGUUCCCGAACAAGCUCGUCUCCGCAUUGUGAUUGUCGGCGCUGGCCUCAGUGGCAUAGCUACUGCCGUCUCCGCCGCGCUAUCAGGACACUCCGUUGAAGUCAUCGAGCAGGCGAAGGAGCUUGCCGAGGUCGGCGCUGGUCUUCAAAUCACCCCAAACGCAUCCCUGCUACUCAAGUACUGGAAACUUCCUCAGUCACUGUGGGACGCAGCUGCAGAGCCGACCAAGCUCACGGUGCACCGGUACUCGGGCGAAGUUCUGGCACACGAGGAAAACUUCGACAAGAAUAUUCGCGCCAAGUACAAUGCGCCCUUUGUUGAUUUGCACCGCGUAGAUCUCCAGCAGGCGCUUUUUGCUCGGGCUCAAGACCUCGGCGUGACAUUCCAUAUGAGCCAGAAGGUCGAUCGCGUUGAUUUUGAUGCCACCACCGUGCACACUCUUGCUGGAAAAAAGUACACGGGUGAUCUGAUCAUCGCCGCUGAUGGGUUGUGGUCUCGGUGUCGAGAGGCUUUUGUGGGGAAGAAGGAUGAGCCCAUUCCUACUGGUGACUUGGCCUAUCGUAUUGUGCUGAGCACAGAUCAAAUCUCCGAUCCUGAUCUCAGGGCGCUGGUCGAGAAUCCCGAGGUGCAUUUCUGGGCAGGUCCUGGUGCUCAUGCGGUUGCUUAUUCGCUUCGCGGUGGAAAGAUGUUCAAUAUCGUUCUCUUGGUGCCAGAUAAUCUGCCCGCAGGAGUUUCAAGGCAGGCUGGGUCUGUUGAGGAGAUGCGUGAGCUCUUUGUUGGGUGGGAUCCGAUCUUGAACCGGUUUCUAAACUAUGUGACCACCGUAGACAAGUGGAAGUUGAUGCAUCAUGGUGAAAUGGAGCGCUGGGUCAACGAUACUUCGAAUCUUGUAUUCAUUGGAGACGCUUGCCACCCAAUGCUUCCAUACCUGGCUCAAGGUGCCAACUCGUCUCUCGAGGAUGGCGCCGUGUUGGGGCUGCUCCUGGGGCAUAUGACCGACAAAACACAGCUACCUCGCAUUCUCCGAUUGUAUGAGAGUAUGCGCAAGUCCAGAGGAGAAGCAAUUGUUCGGGAGACCUUCAAGCAGCGGCACGACUUCCACAUGCAUAACGGCGAAGAGCAAGAGAAACGUGACCAGGUCUUCCUCUCUCAACUCGGAAAAGAGAUCAAGGGCGCGUUCCCCAGUCGAUGGACAUGUCCCGAGGUACAGCCUUGGCUGUAUGGAUACGAUGCAAUCAAGGAAGUCGAGACUGCGGUUACGCAAAACCCAGAGCUGUUUUCGAAGUCCGAAUCAUGGGGCUGUCAGAUUUUGUAA